CAGGCUGCAACUCGUCAGGAUAUGACUUACUGGCUUCAGGAACUACAGCAGAAGAGGUGGGAAUAUUGUAACAACCUUGACGCAGCAAAAAGGGACAGCCGGACUUCUCCUACACCGAGUGACUUGUCCAAAGGUCUUGUUGCCAAAGACAGUCCUGACUUAACCAUUUCUGAUCACAUGAUGGUAGUGGCUGAAGCUGGGAAUUCAAUGUCCUCUUUAAGGAAAGGAAAUAACGAAAACCGCAAGAGCAUAUUUUAUACCACUGAAGAGUGGGAAUUGCUGGAUCCAACACCAAAAGACUUGGAGGACUCUAUGGCCCUGGAAGAGAAGAGGAAACACCUGGCAGAAGGAAGUAAAGGGCUGACUAGUUCAGCUUUUCCAUUCGAUUUUGGCCGCAUUCCACACAAAACAAGGCGCCCAUUAAAGGACAUGAUUGGAUCAAGCAAAAACAGGAACAGCAGCGACUCUUCUCCAACAGAGUGGUGUUCUGGUAAUGGCAACAAACUAGUCUCUGAACUGCAGAUGAAGUACCAAAGUCAGCAAGAAGAGCUGGAAAAGCUAAAGAAAGAUCUUCUGAGCCAAAAGGAGCUCGUGCGGCUUCUGCAGCAAACGGUCCGAUCUUCCCAGUACGAUAAAUACUUUGCAAGACGUCUUUGUGAGGGGGUUCCCAAAGACAAAUUGGAGCUGUUGCACCAAAAAGAUGACCAGAUUUUGGGUCUCAACAACCAGCUUGAAAAGUUAAGUCUGGAAAAAGACAGUCUCCAGCAGGAAGUGAAGAAUCUGAAGUGUAAAGUUGGAGAACUGAACGAGCGGCUGGGAAUGCUGAUGGAAACUAUUCAAGCUAAAGAUGAAGUGAUCAUGAAACUCUCUCGUCAACUCAGCGAAUGUGAGGACAAUACAUCCUCUCAGAGUGGAGCAGUAAGUCUUUCUGGGACCACCUGCACUAAUAAGGAACUACAGGAACUGGACAGACUAAAAGACAAUCUACAGGGUUACAAGACCCAGAAUAAAUUUUUAAAUAAGGAGAUUUUGGAACUUUCUGCCCUACGAAGAAAUGCAGAAGCAAGAGAGAGAGAAUGGCAGGCAAAGUAUACCAGCUUGGAAGCCAAACUUUGUCAGAUAGAAAGUAAAUACUUGAUCUUGCUUCAAGAAAUGAAAACUCCUGUUUGUUCUGAGGAGCAGAGCCCUGCUCGUGAGGUCAUCACUCAGUUACUGGAAGAUGCCUUGAAAGCAGAAACAAGUGAACAACCAGAACAAGCAUUUUUCAAACCACACCUGGUCAGUGAAUAUGACAUAUAUGGUUUUCAGACAGUCCCAGAGGAUGAUGAUGAGGAGAAACUAGUAGCAAAAUCACGAGCUUUGGACCUGAAAUCCCUUUCUCUUAGUGAAAAUCGAGAGAUCUCAGCAGGGGUAAAAUGGGAAAACUAUCUUGCAAGCACCAUGAACAGAGAGAUGAUGCGCUGUGUGGAACUGAAGAACCUUAUUCGAUCAGGAAUUCCACAUGAACAUCGUUCCAAGAUGUGGAAAUGGUGUAUCGGUCUCCACGUUAAAAAAUUCAAGGACAGCACUGUUCCUGGGUACUUCCAAACCUUGCUUCAAAAUGCUCUGGAAAAACAAAACCCUGCAUCUAAACAAAUUGAGUUGGAUCUCUUGAGGACUUUGCCAAACAACAAACAUUAUUCCUCCCCAACAUCGGAAGGGAUCCAGAAGCUGCGGAACGUUCUGCUGGCAUUUUCCUGGAGAAAUCCUGAUAUAGGGUAUUGCCAAGGGCUCAACAGAUUGGUAGCAAUUGCACUUCUGUACUUGGAACAGGAAGAUGCUUUUUGGUGUCUAGUAGCAAUAGUGGAAGUUUUCAUGCCUCGUGAUUACUACACCAAGACACUGCUAGGAUCCCAGGUUGAUCAGCGAGUAUUCAAAGACUUAAUGAGUGAGAAGCUUCCACGACUACAUGCUCAUUUUGAACAGUACAAAGUUGACUAUACUCUUAUCACUUUCAACUGGUUUCUCGUGGUGUUUGUGGACAGUGUGGUUAGCGACAUCCUUUUUAAAAUCUGGGACUCCUUCCUAUAUGAGGGACCAAAGGUAAUAUUCCGAUUUGCCCUGGCACUCUUUAAGUACAAGGAAGAGGAAAUCUUAAAGCUGCAGGACUCAAUGGCCAUUUUCAAGUACCUUCGCUAUUUCACCCGCACCGUGCUUGAUGCGAGGAAACUGACUGGUAUUGCUUUUGGAGACCUGAAUCCUUUUCCAUUACGCCAGAUCAGGAACAGGAGGACCUACCACCUGGAGAAAGUGCGUCUUGAACUCACUGAACUGGAAGCCAUUCGUGAGGAUUUUCUACGAGAACGGGACACAUGUGCAGAAAAAAGAGACCUUAUUAGUGAUGAUGAGGAAGAUAGUUGAAACUAUUCAACAUAAAUUUUUCUUUGGGAU